GGGGAGCCGAGGGAAGGCGCCCCUCUGAGCGAGGGCAGCGGCGCCCCGCGGGGAUGCUCGGCCUGCGCCCGGCGCCCACCUCCAGCCGCCGAGGCCCCGCCGCAGCCCCGCCGGGCCCGCGCAACGCCCUUCCCUCCUGCGCGGGGAGGCGAGAGGGCCGGGCCGGGCCGGGCCUGGCCUUGCCCGGCGGAAGCCCCUCCCUGCCUGCCUGAGCCGCGGCCAUGGCGGGCGAGGAGGCCAUGGACUACUCGGUGCACGAGGCCUGGAACGAGGCCACCAACGUCUACCUGCUGGCCGUGCUGGCCAGCCUGGCCCUGCUGGUCUACGCGCGCCGAAAUAAAAGGAAGAUCAUGAGAAUUUUUACACUGCCUCCAACUGUAGAGAUACCAUCCGAGCCAAACUUUUAUGACAGUGUGAAAAAAAUUCGUCUUCGACAGCAGUUAGAGAUGUACUCAAUUGCAAGAAAGUAUGACCAGCAACAACAGCCACAGAAGCAGACUGACAGUGUACAGCUUUUAGUAGAAUGAAGUCUUGUACCAGUGGAGUCAAGAAAUGGAGCUGGAGGUGACUGGGCAAUUGGAAUAGGAUCAUUUUCCAUGCAACUUGAAUGGUAUAUGGUUCCUCUUCUAAAAAUAAUCCUAUACACCAUUUUGGAUGGUUGACCCUGCAUAAACAUGCGUAGAAGGAAGCCUCAGAAAUGAAAGUCUAGCUCAUUGUUCACCUGCUCUUCUGUUUAUCUUACAAAUUAUUUCCGGGAAAACCAGAAACUUGCAGGAGCAUUAAGAUUUCAUUGUGGGGAUCACAGCCUGUUCCAACUGGUGGUUUCUUAAUUGGAGGGUUGGGAAAGGUUUAUGGUACCUUGUAAUAAACGAGCUGGGUAGUGAACAGAACUUUAUAUAGAGAACCUCACAAUAAUGAUAGUGUCUCCUAUUUAGGUCAUCUACUUUAUAGAAAGGUGUGAGGGCUUUGGGAGGUGUGGUUCUUCCCUGUUUUACCGAAGUUCAUGCUAGUUUGCUGUGCCUCCCUUACUCGCUUCUUGCAAGAGCGGCUGGUGACGUAAACCAGAACGCUCGCUUUGGUACCUUGGAACAGAGGAUGACGCAGGAGUACUUGGCUUUUUGGUUUUUCAGAGUUUUUUUUUUGUUUUUCUGUUUCAUGUUAAAUUGUAUGGAUUUUUUUAAAAGAUCAAUCAGAAAUAUAUAUGAUAUAUGAUUACUUGCGGGUAUAAAUUCAGUGAAGUUAGUGUGCCAGCGUAUUUGUAGGUUACAGUGCUAUUAAUUUAAGAGAAAUGCCCUUGUGGGUAAAUAUUUAGCAAAGCUAUAAAUCUGUAUGGAGGACAACUUUCCCCCUAGGCUUCUAAAUGGUCCUUCAAAGGAGGGCUGUUACCAAGAAGGCCAUGCAGGGAAAUAAGUAUGAUAAAUUUUGAAUGUACCGUGAGAGCUUGACAGACACCGCAGCAGUGGUCAGAGGUAGCUUAUAAAUAAAUAUUACACACAACUUAAAAUUAUUUUGGUGAAAUAACAAAUGACAAGAACAAUUUAUAUGUAGGAAUUUAUAAGUAUUUUGAAGAAAUGUGACAUUUGUUUUACUUGGACAUCUUUGAAUAUUUUAAUGUGACAUGUUGCACUGCAAGCAUGAUGGGGUGCCUCCAGUGCUGGCUUAAAAUAAGGGGCCAGUUGAUACAUUUUGGCCUAGCAGUUAUUGUCGAUUUUGACACCUAGUGUUGCUUUCAUUUAUGGACAGCUUUUCCAGAAUAGCAUCCUGUACUUAAACUGUUGUGGGGAAGGAAUGUGUUAAAAAUACAUUAAAACAUUGUAAUGUGUUGGAAUAAUAAAUUCCAUGAUACUGUCCAACUCUGUUAUUUUUUUUUCCGUCUUGUAAAGAGGUAAAAUAUUCACAUUCUCUUCUUGGGUUUUAAUGCUUUUUUGUAUUGGUUACUUUGCCUUUUUUCUGUUGUAUUAUGUCCUAUCUUUCUAUUCCUUCAAUAAACUUAAAAAAAAAAACCUUUCUGAGCACAGCUGCGAUCCCUAGCUUUUAAAUAUAUUUCUGUUAGUGCUUGUAGUACUUGAGCUGAAGUCAUGAUGUGGUGUUGUUAUAUAUUGCUAACUAUGAAGCUGCAGGCCAGUUGAAGAGCGGGGGGUGGGAGGGCAUUGCCUUCUGCUCCAUGCCUGAUCCCAGCCAGGUGAAGAGGGGGCAGGCAUUGCCUCCUGCUUCAUGCCUGAUCCCAACCGGGUGAAGGCGGGGGGGGGGGGCGGCAUUGCCACCUGUUCCACUUCUGAUCCCGGACAGUGAAGGGGCGGGCAUUGCCUCCUGCUCUGUGCCUGAUCCCGGCUGGGUAAAGGUGGGGGGCGGGUGGGCAUUGCUGCUUGCUCCUCACCUGAUCCCGGCCAAGUGAAGGGGGGUGGGCAUUGCUCUGCUACUGAUCCCAGGGGAUCUCCCGUGUGGUAUUAUGUCUUCACAAUUGUUUUAAUAAAGGAUAUAUUAAUUGA